AGCCCAGAUAAGCUGGGGGCGAUGGCACAUGUCUGUAACCCCAGCAGCCAGGAGGGAGGCAGAGACCGGAAGAUGGCCACCAAUUCGAAACCAGCCGUCUCUACAUAAUAAGAAAAGCAAGUAUCCCAUGGAGGUGUCUCUACGAGAAACCAAAUGAUGCUCUGACCGCUGAUCUAAUUCCUACUGAACUACAUUUAUUCUUCCCCAACCUCCAGCCAAAGCUCUCACAAACUUAAGGAGAGCAGGUUGCCCGGGCUAAGAGCAACCUGCAGUACUCGCAGCAUGUCGCCUGGGGGCGCUCAGGUUAGAGAGGGAAGAGCGGCGCAGGUAGUCACACACCUGCACUCUGCGUAGGCCACUCAUGGCCACUAGAGGGAGAACGUGCUCCCCUCAGGGGGGCGGAGCUUGCGGGAAGCACGCAUGCGCCCGGAGGGAGGUGGUGGCACUAGCCCCGGCGAAGGGCAAGACGGUGGCCGAGAGGGCUCUGGGAGGCGGACGGUGGCCGAGAAGGUCCGGCAUGGAGCACCUGGAGCGCUGCGCGUGGUUUCUCCGCGGGACGCUGGUGAGGGCGGCGGUGCGGCGCUACCUGCCUUGGGCGCUGGUGGCCGCCAUGCUGGCGGGCUCGGUCCUCAAGGAGCUAUCCCCGCUGCCCGAGUGCUACCUGAGCAACAAGCGCAACGUCCUCAACGUGUAUUUUGUUAAAGUGGCCUGGGCCUGGACAGUCUGUCUUCUCCUGCCUUUCAUUGCCCUCACCAACUACCACCUGACGGGCAAGGCCGGCCUGGUCCUGCGGCGGCUGAGCACCCUGCUUGUGGGCACAGCUAUCUGGUACGUCUGCACGGCCCUCUUCUCCAACAUCGAGCACUACACAGGCAACUGCUACCAGUCCCCGGCCCUGGAGGGCAUCAGGCAGGAGCACCGGAGCAAGCAGCAAUGCCAUCGGGAAGGGGGCUUCUGGCACGGCUUCGACAUCUCCGGCCACUCCUUCCUACUGACCUUCUGUGCACUCAUGAUCGUGGAGGAGAUGGCCGUGUUGCAUGAGGUGAAGACGGAUCGCAGCCACCACCUCCACGCUGCCAUCACCACCCUGGUCGUCGCCCUGGGCUUCCUGACCUUCAUCUGGGUAUGGAUGUUUCUCUGCACAGCCGUUUAUUUCCACGACUUGAUCCAGAAGGUGUUUGGUACCUUUUUUGGUUUGCUGGGCUGGUACGGGACAUAUGGGUACUGGUAUCUGAAGUCUUUCUCUCCAGGACUUCCUCCCCAGAGCUCUAGUUUGACUCUGAAGCAAGAUACUUACAAGAAAUAAAAGAGAGACACACGGGGACAGGAGGACAAUGGCUAAUAGACUUCCCACCUACUUUGUCCAGUGACUGGCUGAACUCUCGAUCCACUUCAGAGAGGAUGCUUAUUAGGCCCUUUGGUGGUGGGAUGGAGUCUGGGAACCACGUUCAGUCCUCAGACUCUACUGGUGACGCCACCCAUGUUGCCAGCACCCCAUUCCUGUCAGAUACUUCUCUCUGGCAAGACGUGACCUUAAUCUGUUCCCAGAGGGCGAGCUGAGUCAGCAGAGGGACAGCAGACAGCCUCACCGUGUGGGUCACAGGGAAACCAGAGCUCCUGGACCCCCUCUGCUGCUGCGGUCUCCCUGGCUGUGGUUCUCUUGAGAGCUCAGUGGCCAUGUUAACGCUGUCCUUUUAACAGUGUUUCCCCACGCCUGAUCCUAAGAUAAGCAUUUCUCUCUGGCAGGUUCUUGAUUAAACACCCCAAUGCCUACAGCACGCUCUCUGGCUGUAGUACCCACCUCCUCUUUGGAAUAUUGACAGUUGCACCUGGCUGUGACCAGUUCCCAACAGGGGGCCACACUCCUGCAGUGCCUGGAUGACUUUUAUGUGGUGGACAGUGAUGAGAGUUUUCUGUCCCCGCUGUCUGUCGUUGCGUGUUGGUGUUUGGAGCAGUACUGGAGAACCCGGUUUCCCCUCCUCUCCCUGAGUGAGUGCUGUGUGGCUUCUAAUCGUCACUAUGACAUUUGGUUCUUUGGUGACAAUACUCCGGUACUGUGCUCCAGUACGUGCGGAAGUUGUUCGGGGGUCUUUUGUUUUUGUUUUUUAGAACACUAACGUACCUUUUAUAAACCAAACUUUUGGCUUAUUGCAUUAAAUUUCAUCUCAUAGGAUUGUUCCCUCUGUUAAGAAUAAAGCUGGAGCCAGGGGGCAGUGGUGGCACACGCCUUUAAUCCCAGCACUAGGGAGGCAGAGGCAGACGGAUCUCUGUGAGUCUAAGGCCAGCCUGGUCUACAGACGAGAUCCAGACCAGCCAGGGCUGCAGAGUAAGAGCCUGUCUCAAACAAAACAAACAAAAACAAGAAUAAAACUGAAAAGGAGACAUUUUAUCAUUUAGUGAAUUUUGAGCUGAGAGAAUCAUUCUGUAAAGUGUUUGUUGGUAUUGAGGCCUUCCUGCCUACUUGCCAGUGGUAGAGACAGAAUAGGGUUCAGGGUCAUAGGUUCAUAGGACAAGUACCACCAACAAGGAGUUUUUACCCUUGAAGAGGAUUAUGAUAAUUUAAAAGUGAAAUAAAAUGUCUCCCUCUGAAGCAAGAAGCCAGCUGGCAUGCAAAGCCAUGCAUAUUACAUACCACCGCCAUGCCACCUUAUCCGCAUUACAUAGUGGCAUGACUGGGUCCUGCCUCCUUUUCCUGGUCCCACCAACAUAGCAGCCCUAAAAGCGGGCAUUCAAUAGCCAUGGCAUUCUCUUUGCUUCCCUUCCCAGUUUCUAGUCAUUAUGUGGCCUUCACUGAGACGCUAAGGUUAGGAGUCUUGUCACCGUGUCCCACAUGGCAAGCUCCAGUCUCUGAGAAGAAGGCCCCUCUCCUCUCCCAGGUGAUCUCUCAAGCCUGUCACACUGAGCCCGGCCUUCUGGAUGAUCACCCCUGUAGCUGCCUUGACGCCUCUCCUCCAGCAGAGCUGGGCAAUGACGCUACCUGAUAAGCUUUGGCCUGCCUGUCCUGACUGCAGCUCAGGUAGUUAGGUGCUUAGUAAGUUAAGAGUAAUUUCUUUUAAUUUAUUUUCUUAAUUAAAAAAAAAAUUUUUUUUUGAUAGUCAGGGUCUCACUAUGCAGCCCUGGCUUUCCUGGAACUCACCAUGUGGACCAGGCUGUUCUUAGACUCACAGAGAUCUGCCUGCUUCUGUCUACUUAGUGCUGAGAUUAAAGAUGUGCUAAUAUUAAAGCCACCACAUCUAGCUACUAAGUAAUUUUUUAAAUAUAAGGAUAUAUUUAAAAUACGUAUUUCAUAAUCUGGUGAGCUACAGGUCAACUUGACCAAUGACAAUGUAAGAUGUUGUUACCAGAGGGGAAGAAAAGCAGGCAGUGAGGUGUCACCGCGGUGCUUUGGUGGGUUGACAGUGAAGAGAAAGGCUGUUUCACUUUCUGGAAGUUUCCACCCAUUUCCCCGGGAUAGGAAUGGGCCUGGGGAAGAUGGUAGAGCUGGUCACCAGCUAAGUCUCUCAGGCUUCAUGUUCACACAGAAAGGAGCAGCCACAUUAAGGCUCCAGACACUUCUCAUGGGGUCUGACCGGGUUUAACCUUAAACUGACUACAUGUAACUCUCAGUUACUCCGCGUUCUCUACAUAGUAUGUGGACUAGAUUACAUGUGCUUUUUCUUGGUACUCCCCCGCUUUGCUCUCUGUGCCAGGGAUGGGAACCCAGGGCUUUGUGCAUGCUGGGCAAGGCCUCCAUCCCUGAGCUACAUCCCGAGUUCCUCAGAACCCUUGUCUUCUCAGGAGUUUCCUGCCCUCCUGUGCCAGGAAACACGACAUGAGUGAGUGUUUGGGCAACCGUGAGAUGUAGGUUGAAAUGUUGGUAUCGCUCCCAAUUCACCGUCAGUGUGCAACCUUGCUGCCCCUGUCUGUAAAGUGGAGGUCAUUCUUCUAGCACUAAAGGAAGUGACGUGUGAGGUGCUGAGCUUGUGUGCUGUGGUCUUUCUCUUGAUGGCUUUGAGAAUGGUCUGGCUCAUCUAGAGAAAGCAGAGAAACUAACAUCUUUUGGGGAACACUCAGAGCUUGGGUCUCCCAUUGAAAUAGUCUCAUCUUUUACCCAUUGUCCCUGGGUGUUAAACAUGAGCUCUGGGGACAUCUGACCCGAGUCGUGCCAUGCUGUUCUGCUUCCCGGUGUGGAGGUUUGCUCACUCGCUUCCAUGUGUGUCUGUCAUUGUCCAGGUACCAGAUUGUAUUUAGAGAAUGGCUCAUGCCACUGUUGUGUGCACACAGAGCCCAUGUGUAAACAAGCAAAUUAAAGUGUACUGGAGAUAAUGGAAUCCACA